AUGGCUCUCGUCAAUGUUUGGCAUCUUCGAAGAGUUGCAGAGGCAUCAGCUAAGCCGUGCGACAUCUGUUACAAGCCAACCACGAGCGUCCUAAUCACUCCAGACAACAAGGACUACUUCUAUAUCUGCCCAGGACACCUGAAAGACCGUGGCUUUUGUACUCCUGUUAUUGAUGAAGAAGAAUUAGCUGCUAAGAGAAAGAAGGAGGAAAUGGAUCGUGAGAUUGAGCUUAUCAAAAAAGAAUACGAGGACAAGAUGAAAAGGAAGAAGAGCAAAGUUAAGAAAGGAGAAGACAAGAACAAGGACAAAGAGAAGGGAAAGGACGAUGAGAGCAAAGACGAUGUUGAUGUUGAGAAGGCAGAGAAAGAGAAAGAUGCCAAGAUCAAAGCAAUUACGAAUAAAGAGCCAUCGUCAACUGCGGAUGACAUCCCUCGAAUCUACACUCUUCAGAAGGUAUUCUAUCAGAAGAGGCUUGAUCGUAUUCGAAACGCAGAGCUUGCCAAGAGAAACCGAGAGCGUCUUAAAAGUCCUACUUUAUUUCCGUCUGUUCCCGCUGGCAAUCUCGGAUGA